AUGUCAGUAAGAGACGCCGCUGCGAGCAUGCGCACCAUCGUCUAUGGCGCCGACGUUGUCUACUCAUGUUAUCUCGCAGGCACCGGAUCAGUUCUUGGCGACAUGCGCUUUGGCUUCGGGAACGCCGCAGCGGCAGUUGGGUCAAACGGCGACGAGCGAUUCGUACUCUGUGCCGACCGGGGGCGCCGGGCUCGACAUGCCCGGUCGCCAGGACCGGGGUAG